AUGGCUGUGAAUUAUAACAUUAUCCAUAUAACUAGUAUGGCUGUGAAUUAUAACAUUAUCCAUAUAACUAGUAUGGCUGUGAAUUAUAACAUUAUCCAUAUAACUAGUAUGGCUGUGAAUUAUAACAUUAUCCAUAUAACUAGUAUGGCUGUGAAUUAUAACAUUAUCCAUAUAACCAGUAUGGCUGUGAAUUAUAACAUUAUCCAUAUAACUAGUAUGGCUGUGAAUUAUAACAUUAUACAUAUAACCAGUAUGGCUGUGAAUUAUAACAUUAUCCAUAUAACCAGUAUGGCUGUGAAUUAUAACAUUAUCCAUAUAACCAGUAUGGCUGUGAAUUAUAACAUUAUCCAUAUAACCAGUAUGGCUGUGAAUUAUAACAUUAUCCAUAUAACCAGUAUGGCUGUGAAUUAUAACAUUAUCCAUAUAACCAGUGUGGCUGUGAAUUAUAACAUUAUCCAUAUAACCAGUAUGGCUGUGAAUUAUAACAUUAUCCAUAUAACCAGUAUGGCUGUGAAUUAUAACAUUAUCCAUAUAACCAGUAUGGCUGUGAAUUAUAACAUUAUCCAUAUAACCAGUAUGGCUGUGAAUUAUAACAUUAUCCAUAUAACUAGUAUGGCUGUGAAUUAUAACAUUAUCCAUAUAACCAGUAUGGCUGUGAAUUAUAACAUUAUCCAUAUAACCAGUAUGGCUGUGAAUUACAACAUUAUCCAUAUAACCAGUAUGGCUGUGAAUUAUAACAUUAUCCAUAUAACUAGUAUGGCUGUGAAUUAUAACAUUAUACAUAUAACCAGUAUGGCUGUGAAUUAUAACAUUAUCCAUAUAACCAGUAUGGCUGUGAAUUAUAACAUUAUCCAUAUAACCAGUAUGGCUGUGAAUUAUAACAUUAUCCAUAUAACCAGUAUGGCUGUGAAUUAUAACAUUAUCCAUAUAACCAGUGUGGCUGUGAAUUAUAACAUUAUCCAUAUAACCAGUAUGGCUGUGAAUUAUAACAUUAUCCAUAUAACCAGUAUGGCUGUGAAUUAUAACAUUAUCCAUAUAACCAGUAUGGCUGUGAAUUAUAACAUUAUCCAUAUAACCAGUAUGGCUGUGAAUUAUAACAUUAUCCAUAUAACCAGUAUGGCUGUGAAUUAUAACAUUAUCCAUAUAACCAGUAUUAUAACAGUAUCUAAAUAA